CAAUUUCAUCUAAGUCCUUAUCAUCAACCAUGCUUGUUCUCACCCUCAAAUCUCCUCUUCCUCUCCUCUUCUUCUUCCUCUUCUUCACCAUUUCAUUUGCAGAACUCUGCAAUCCAAACGACAAGAAAGCUCUCCUAAACAUCAAGAAAGCAUUCAACAACGCUUACUACUUCGCCUCAUGGAAGCCCGAAGAAGAUUGCUGUACUUGGUAUAGCGUCGAAUGUGAUGAGAAUUCCCACCGGAUUAUCUCCCUCGACAUCUCUACCGACAAUGAAAUCUCCGGCCAAAUCCCGCCGUACGUCGGCGACCUCCCAUUCCUCCAAUCCCUCAUGUUACACAAGCUCCCAAAUCUUGUCGGCCCCAUCCAACCCGCCCUUGCUAAACUCCACAACCUUAAACACCUCGACAUCAGCUGGACCAAUAUCUCCGGCACCAUCCCGGACUUCCUCAGCUCCCUCACCAAGCUCACAUACAUUCGCCUCUCCUUCAGCAAUCUCUCCGGAGCCAUCCCGAGCUCCCUCUCCAAGCUCCCAAAUCUCAAAUUUCUUCAAUUGGACCGUAGCAAACUGACAGGACAAAUCCCAUAUUCUUUCGGGGACUUUAAGGCUAAAGGUUUCUACCUUUAUCUUUCCCACAACAAACUUUCCGGCAAAAUCCCACCUUCCCUCUCUAGAGUGGACUUCGAAUCUGUCGAUUUGUCAAGAAACAAGCUUGAAGGCGAUGCCUCCAUGAUAUUCGGCGUGCACAGGCACACCUGGAAAGUUGAUUUGUCGAGGAAUUUGUUGGAGUUUGACAUGUCGAAGGUUGUGUUUUCAACUAGCCUGUUUAUGUUGGAUCUUAACCAUAAUAAGAUCUAUGGGGGUUUGCCGCCGCAGAUGACGAAGCUCAGUAAUCUUAACUCGUUCAAUGUGAGUUACAAUAGGCUUUGUGGUCAGAUUCCAAAGGGUGGAGAGUUGCAGAGAUUUGAUGUUUAUUCAUAUUUUCAUAAUAAGUGUUUGUGUGGCGCACCACUUGAGAGCUGCAAGUGAUGAUACACUUCUCAUUGUCCUGUGGAAAUUUCAAGUUUCUAUUAAUAAAAGUGUUGUGCAAGGUUUCUAUUAA